CCCUUGGCGGGUCCACUGCUUGUUUUUCAUGCCCACGGCCACAACCUGUUUGAUAAUAUUCCCAUGUCGAGAUUUAAUUUUAUUUCAGUUUGAAUCAUUAUUUUGAUUCAUUUACAGAUGACAAAUCUAGCAACAAAGCUGAACAAAUCUCUUCUUCCUUACAGUAAAAUCCUCCUUCAGUUUCGUACACUCUCUACCUCACAUACACCACUUGAAGAAACCCUCAAAGCAGCAGUUGAAUGCAAAUCCUACUCAAAAUUCCCUGACCUUUUCGACUCCUUUAAACAAUCUAACAACAACCCAAGUCCUUUUUCUUUCCUCUCUACCUUCCCUUUUAAUCUGAGGACUCAAGUCAUUGAUGAAAUCAUCCAAUCUUUGAUCCCCAUUAGACCCCGCUUUCGAAACUCUAUAGUUUAUAGCUCUCUUCUCUCAUAUACCCUUCAAAAUUCCAAUCUUUUCUCUCUUUCUCUUGCUAUAAUCCAAUGCACUCUUCGUUCUGGGUGCUUACCUGUGCCUCAAACACAUGUUUCUCUCUCUUCUGCUUGGCUUGAUCGCCGGCGUGAAGGUCAGUCAGUUGGUGACAUUCUAAUGGAAAUGAAGUCUAUUGGGUAUAAUCCUGAUUGUGGCUUGUGUAAUUAUAUUGUGUUGUCUUUAUGUAAUGUUGAUCAUUUGAUCGAGGCAGUGAAAGUCUUGAAGGGUAUGAAACAAGUGGGUUGUUUUCCUGAUUGGGAAAGUUAUGGGAUUGUUAUUGGUGCAAUGUGUAGAGUUAGAAAAUGUGACGAUGCAAUUGAGAUGAUGAAGGAAAUGGUGGUGAGAAUGAGAUUGUGUCCUAGGCAGGGAGUAGUGGUGAAAGUAUUGGCAGCGUUGAGAGCGAAUAGAGAGAUGAGGAAAGCUGGUGAGAUGAUUGAGUUCCUGGAGAAGGAAGGGUACGGUGUUGGGUUUGAGAGUUAUGAGUUGGUAGUUGAGGGAUGUUUGGAGUGUAAAGAUUGUUUUUUGGCCGCGAAAGUUGUGAUGGGAAUGACAGAGAAAGGGUUUAUACCUUAUAUCAAGGUGAGGCAAAAGGUGGUUGAGGGAUUGAUUGAUGCUGGUGAAUGGAAGCUUGCUUGUACCGUGAGAGAAAGAUUUGCAGCAUUAAGUUCAUAGUUUCUUUUUUGGUGUUUGAUACUGAGGCUUCUUAGAGAACUGAACUACUGCAUCUUCUGUGAUGGCUCAUAUAGACUUCAGUUUUUCUUUUUGUUAGCAGCACCAACAUUUUAUCACCUCGAGACAUCUAAUCCAUGGCGGCCAUUCGGUCAUUCUCUCACAAAAUGGACAAGAGGGUGAUGGAGUUGAAACUUACUGGUGCGUGUUGUUACCAAUGCAUAAUUUUGUAUUUACUUAAAGUUCCUAUGUACAGACUGAAGCAUUAUUUCUUAUUUCUUGAUGACUCAUGCCAAUUGCAUGAUCAUAUGGAUAUCGGGGUUGGAUUUUGGUAGUUAAGAAGUGUUCAAUGCAAGUUUUCUAUUUGUUGCAAUUCAAAAUUCUGCUGACUGAAUAAUGCUAAACUCACAUAAUUAGCUUCUCUAUUUGUAGAUGAAUUUGAAUUUAGAAAUUCUAUGGUGUUCCCCUUUAUUUCACUUCAUCUCUGUCCCAAAUCACUAGUGGUAGGUAUUGGAGUUCGUUCAUGUUCCUUUCUCUCACAGAAUCCACAUUGUUGAUGUUGUUUGCUCAGGUGUGAUUCUAUAUACCACAAGUAUCCAUUGGUUAGUAGUUGAGAUUAUUUCUGGAGGAAUAGUGCCCCCAACCUCCUAUCAGUGGGCUAUUAUUUUGCCUCAUUGCCUGCAUUAUACAGCUCCAAGCUGUAGCUCAAGGCAAAUAGUUUAAUUAUCCUUUUUUUUUGUUUGAUUAAAUGCAAAUCAGAACCAAUAUUCUCUAAAAUAAAAUAAAAUGAAAUGAAUCUAUGCAUCGGUUUGUAGUUUCCCCAUCCUGCAUCUUUUCCACUCUGUUUUUGAAGGGCACCCAAGUGAGAUUAAUGUGACUUAAUUAGUUGACUGGGUUCCUAUCUUUCUUCAGCUUGAUGUCAUACUCUGUUUGAAAUCUGAAUUGUCAUGAAGCUUUUGUUGAUUCACCUUCAAUUUUAAUUCCAAAUUUUGCUCUUGUGCAUUUGUUUAAGCUGUAAGGGCAGGAGAUGGGACGUAAUCAAUCUUAGUUUCUCAAUUUCACAGAAAACAAAAAAGACGAGGAAGAAAAUCUAAGAUUUGCUGAUAUAAAGGAAGAUAUGCAUAAAAUUUGUUGCAAAGACAACUUUUGAGAGCAAUGUUCGGGCGUUACUGUAGAAUAUAGUUGCUUUAAUGAAAUAUAUAAACCUCGAUUUAUUUCAAGAUAAAAAUCUAAUUAAUAUUAAAAUAUUAAAAAAUGAAAUAAUAAUUGAUCUAUCAUUUAAUUUUUAAUUAAAUAUGCAAUGCAAUUCCCGAAACUAUCUCUCUCCAAAAAAGCAUGUUUCUUUUUUUUUUUAACCGCUGCACUCAAUUUUUUUUUGUUUAUUUAUAUAUUGACAAACAUCCAGCACAUAAACAAGGCAUACUGUCUCAAUUUUCCAAAAUGUAAAUCCUUUUUUUUUCUCUUUAAAUCACAGACAAAGAAGACGAUAGUAUGUUUAGAUUACUAGGGAAUACAGAACAAAAGCUGGGGAUGUCGAGUUUGAAACAAUAACUGUGCAUCAAAAACUUAUGAUCCCUCAAGGACCAUUUUGUCAUCUCUAUUCCAUAUAUGGCGUAGUUGUCGCCCACUUAUGCUUUUGCCACACAUUUGCAGUAGCAUGCUUCCAGUGAAUCUCAAUUAUUAAUAAGUUCAGCUUUCCAGUAACAUCUUUUCUUUGAAUUACAUAUGUAAACAGCAUCAUGAAGCAUCUUGUUAAGCUAACAUCCAUCAUGUUACAAUUUGGAUCUGGUUGAUACACUUAAAGGACUGCCUACUACUUGACUGGAUAGCUGGGCUCCAUGGCAAUGCCACAGAUACCUUUCUUAUUUCCAGAACCACGUCUCAUCCUUAUGUAGCUGAUUCACCCCAGUCUCUGCCCCAAGAGUUUUUCACAAGCCAAUAUUCUCUACCCCUAGAUUCACCAUAACCAACUGCUGCUACUCCAUGGUUGAGUUGAUCUGCACAGGAGCCACUGAAGAUACCACUGGAAUAGAGUUGAAAUUCAAAAUUACCAGCGUCAAUUGCAACAGAGACAGGUUGCUGGGCAACUGCAGCUUGUACUCUAUUCUAAUUAUUGGCAGCUGCCACUGCAGAGAAAGCCCAACAACUUCCGGUGUUGGAAAGAAACUAGCAUCAGCUGUUCUUAUUGAAAAUGAUUUGAGAUAAGAACUGACAAUUAGCAAUUAAAUGAACUUGAAUGAGAAGAACUCAUACCACAUUGACCUUGAUCCUUGAUAGGAGUCACAGCACCUUUCUUCCUCCAAUCUACUGCAGCUGGCAACUCUGUGCUAUUUUCGCACCCCGCACCCGUUGUUUAUCUUUUUAGCUGUAUGUCUAUUACUCUGAAAACCCAGGUAGGUAAAUUUGAACUCUUCAUUUGUUAGGUCUGCAAAUUUGUUGUCAGUGAGCCUGAAGGAUAAGUUUUGAGAAUUGAUGUAGUCAAUGAACUGAACAUUAGAUUGGUAUAUUCCAAAACACAGUGACCAUUCGUCUCAUAUUCUCUGCCAUAUCGGGCCAGCCAGUCUUCAAACCUCUGCUCUAUAUCCCUUGGGUCAUAAAUUGGGGUCGCCUUGUUUUCAGACGAUGAUACCCUUAAAGGUAUCCAUAGAAUGCAUAAAACCAUUAGAAUCAAGCCACAGCUCCUCAACGUUAUUGGUGCCCUCAUGGCUAGCUUAAGAUGUUGAUAGAGUAUAGGGGCUUAUAAAUGAAGAUGUAGACUGGGACAUGUAUGUUAUUAUUAUUAUUCAGAUUGGUAACGCAAUGAAGUCAAUAAUUUAUGCUA